AUGCCCUUCGCUUCUUUCAAGAAUGCUCAGAAGAGAUAUUCAAAAACACAUAAGGAACGCUCCCAGGUUUGUACUAUCUACCAUCUCGAGUUUUUAGCCCGAAAAUCGACGGCAUCUUGGAUACCUUCCAAAAAAGAAGGAUUUUGUGAUAAGAGCAAGGUUUGCUUAAUUUAUGAUCUUAUUUGUCCUAGGGACAAAGAGAAAAAACAGCAGAAACUGAAAGAACUCCGAAGACAGGCGCUAACCAAAAACACCGACGAAUUUUAUUUUAAUAUGUGCAAUUCUAAAUUUGAUGCGGAACGGGGCCAUAUACCAUUGAACAGCGAGACAAAGUAUUCUGAAGUUUUUUUGAAGUCGACACUCUCGAUGAGUAUAGUUCAGCUACGUUUUGAGCUACAAAAAGAACUCGCGAAAAUUCGUCGGUUGGAGGCCACUACCAGCUUGGCAUAUGGGGACCCUAUUUCACGCACCAAGAGCACUCAGCCGACACAUAUUUUCUUCGCUGAAGAUAAAUCGGAGGCCUCCGAACUCCGCGCAUCUCUCAGUUCCAAACUGGACACACUUACUUGCAGCACUGAUGUUUCUCUUUUGGAAGAGAGACGUAACGUUUACGUUGAACUUCAGGAUCGUCUUCAUCGUGCUCAGGCAAUCAGCACCAUAUUGAAAAAGCGAGAAGCCAAGCAAGCCUUGAUUCGCAACCCAGCUCGUAGGUACAAAGUUGUGGCCAAGGAGACGAAGACCGCUGCACCUGUAUACCAAUUUGAACCCUUACGAGCACGAUAA